ACAAGUUGCAUACCACAGCAUUAAAGACAGACAGCAUCACUUCCUUGAUUUCACGGGACAGAGAGCGAGUCUCCUCCCACUCGAGUGGCAUAUUGGUGAGAAAAAGCCUCGUUUGUCUCACGGGAAGAAGUUGAAAAUAUGAAGAAACGCCACUGUUAGAGGAAUCACAAUUCAAAAGUCAAGGGCUCAGCACAUCUCUUCUCCGGGCGGCUGGAUUAUUAAAAUGUGUUACUGCCAAAGCGAAGAAACAAGUGGGUUGAGACACUGAGUCGACUGGACACAUUGCGCUGGAUCAGAGGGUUUUAAAGUAUCGGAAAAACUACUGAAACAUUUGCAGAUAUGUCUGAACACUUAUUUUGUUUCCUUCACAUUGGGGAUAUCGUGUCUCUGUAUGCAGAGGGAACUGUGAAUGGAUUUAUCAGCACUUUAGGGUUGGUGGAUGACCGAUGUGUGGUGCAACCUGAGGCUGGGGAUCUUACAAACCCACCAGACAAAUUCAGAGAUUGUCUCUUCAAGGUGUGUCCUAUGAAUAGGUACUCUGCACAGAGACAGUUCUGGAAGGCAAAACAGGGAAAACAUGGGAACAACACACAGGGAGACCUCUUCAAGAAAUUACAGCAUGCAGCGGAAAUGGAGCAAAAACAGAACGAUACUGAGAAGAAGAAAUUACUGGGAGAGGUUGUCAAAUAUAGUCGGGUUAUACAGCUUCUCCAUAUUAAGAGUAAUAAGUACCUGACAGUGAAUAAGCGUCUUCCGGCCCUGCUGGAGAAGAACGCCAUGCGUGUUUCUCUGGACCCUUCGGGAAAUGAGGGCUCCUGGUUCUGCAUCCAGCCUUUCUGGAAGCUACGCAGUGAAGGAGACAAUGUGGUGCUUGGAGAUAAAGUGGUUCUAAUGCCUGUAAACGCGGGGCAGCCUCUCCACGCCAGCAACAUCGAACUCCUGGAUAACCGUGGCUGCAGAGAGGUUAACGCUUUGAACUGCAACACCAAUUGGAAGGUCACUCUUUUCAUGAAAUUCUGUAAAUACAGAGAUGACAUAUUAAAAGGGGGGGAUGUGGUGAGGUUGUUUCAUGCCGAGCAAGAAAAGUUUCUUACUUGUGAUGAGUACAAGAAACAGCAGUAUGUCUUCUUACGAACCACUCUCCGCCAAUCAGCAACCUCUGCCACCAGUUCAAAAGCUCUAUGGGAAGUGGAGGUUGUACACUCUGACCCCUGCAGAGGAGGAGCCGGCCAGUGGAACAGCCUGUUUCGCUUCAAACACCUCGCCACAGGCCACUACCUUGCGGCAGAGGUGCACAUUCCAUCUCUACAUUGUUUAGUCCUUACCCGAAACUCAUCCGUUUUUUCCGUUCUCCCUGCUUUGCAUAAUUCAGUCAUGGUUAAAGAGCUGUUUAGUAUAUGGUUUGACAUGACCAACACAGGCACUUUGUACUCUAAAAAGAAGUGGCAGGCUUACAAGAUCCCAUACACCCUUUUGUCAGUGCCCCAUGGCAAUGACAUCGCCUCUCUUUUUGAACUGGAUGCCACCACCUUACAGCGGGCAGACUGCCUAGUUCCCAGGAAUUCCUAUGUCAGACUCAGGCACUUGUGCACAAACACUUGGGUGACCAGUACUAACAUUCCCAUUGAUGUUGAGGAGGAACGACCCGUUAUGCUCAAGAUCGGCACCUGUCAAAUGAAGGAGGACAAGGAGGCAUUUUCCAUUAAUUCUGUCCCCCUAUCAGAGGUCCGAGAUUUGGACUUUGCCAACGAUGCCAACAAGGUCCUGGAGAUGUAUGUGCAUAUAUUGGGCAUCAGCAAUUUUGCAGCAGCAAAUGAACGCAGGUUUACUAUUAAGCUUUUGGAGGAUCUGAUCUUCUUUGUGUGCGACAUGCCGAACAAUGGACAGGACGUGUUGUCUGUGGUCAUUUCGAACCCCAGCAGAGAGAGGCAGAAACUCAUGAGAGAGCAAAACAUCCUGGCACAGAUCUUUGGAAUUCUUAAAGCGCCAUUUUCUGAGAUUAAAGACCCGCUCAUGCCGAAACUGGAGGAUAUGGGGGAGCAGCGCAACGCUCCGUUUAAGUACAUGCUACAAUUGUGUUACAGAAUUCUGCGCCAUUCCCAACAAGAUUACCGCAAGAAUCAGGAGUACAUAGCCAAGAAUUUUUCCAUCAUGCAGGCUCAAAUCGGCUAUGAGAUCCUGGCCGAAGACACAAUCACUGCUCUCCUGCACAACAACCGCAAGCUGUUAGAAAAACAUAUCACUGCACGUGAGAUUGAGACCUUUAUCAAACUUCUGCGCAGGAACCGAGAGCCCAGGUUUCUGGAUUAUUUGUCUGACCUUUGCGUCUCCAACAAAACAGCCAUUCCUAUCACUCAGGAGCUAAUUUGCAAAUUCAUGCUGAACCCCAGCAACGCAGACAUCCUCAUCCAGACCAAACUGAUCCCACACACAGAGACCUCUCUGGAGUCAUCUUUAAUCCAGGAGGAUGGUGAUGAUGAAGAGGUGUGGCUAUACUGGAAUGAUAACGACAAAGAGCCUCAUGGGAAGUCUAUCCGCCACCUGGCCCAGGAUACCAAGGAUGGACAAAAAUUGGACAUUGACAUCAUCACCUACUACAGGUGUCAACUCAAUCUUUUCGCUAAAAUGUGCCUGGACCGGCAGUAUCUGGCCAUCAAUCAGAUUUCCAAUCAGCUGCCGGUAGAUCUAAUCCUGCGCUGCAUGUUUGAUGACUGCCUGCCUUACAACCUUCGUGCCUCAUUUUGUCGUUUAAUGCUGCACAUGCACGUGGACCGCGACCCACAGGAGGCCGUGGUGCCCGUUCGUUAUGCGCGUCUCUGGACUGAGAUACCUUCCAAGAUCUCUGUCAAUGAGUAUGAUUAUGAGUUCAGAGACACGUCCAGAGAGGAGAUGAAGAGAAAGUUUGCCCCUACUAUGCAUUUUGUGGAUGAAUAUCUCAAAGAUGUGUUCAGUCAGCCUGAUCCCUUUGGAGACAAAGAGAAGAAUGAACUGACUCUUGAGGUGGUCCACCUGGCACGUAACCUGGUCUACUUUGGCUUCUACAGCUUUAAUGCGCUGCUGUGCCUCACGCGCACCCUGCUGGCCAUCCUGGACAUUGUCCAACCCACUUCCACAUUUAUGUUCAAACUCAACAAGAGCCCUGAGGGAGAUUAUAUUUCGGACUUUGCUAAGGAGAGGAACUCUGUGGACCUCGAUGAUGAAGGCGGUCAGACGUUUCUGCGGGUGCUUAUUCACCUCAUCUUGCUGGUUUCUGAGGAGGAUGUGGAAAAUUAUAAGAAAAUUAAGGCAAGCCUGGACCAGCUGCGUCUGACAGUGGAAAAGUCUGAGCUGUGGGUCGAGAAGAGUGGAGGUUAUGGCAAUGAAGACAAUGCUGAGAAUCAAAACAAAGAGCAGAAUUUGGAGGAAGUGGGUAUCUUGAGCCCAGUGCAGGAUGGGAGCAGUAAACCUCAAAUAGACAGCAACAAAGCCAACAACUACAAAAUUGUCAAAGAGAUCCUGCUGAGUCUUAGUAAACUCUGCUCUCCUGGUAAGAAGAUCCGUGUGCAGCAGCAGAGGCUGCUGAAGAACAUGGGAGCUCACACUGUGGUGCUAGACCUCCUCCAGAUCCCGUAUGAGAAGGGGGACGAAAAGAUGGACGAGAUCAUGAUUCUAGCCCACACUUUCCUUCAGUACUUCUGCAGAGAUAAUCCUCAGAACCAGGCGCUGCUGCACAAACACCUCAACCUCUUCCUCACACCUGGGCGUCUAGAGGCAAAAACCAUGUGCUACAUCUUCAGGAACAACUACCACCUGUGCAACGAGAUCAGCGACCGCGUGGUGCAUCACUUCGUGCACUGCAUCGAGACCCACGGCCGUCACGUGCAGUACCUGCAGUUCCUCCAAACCAUUGUGAAAGCCGAUGGCAAAUACGGGAAGGAAUGUCAAUGCAAAGUCAUGAAUGAGCUGGUGAACGGAGGAGAAGACGUGUUGGUUUUCUACAAUGACCGUGCCUCCUUCCCUGUGCUGCAAAAUAUGAUGUCGUCUAAGCGAGAUGAGAACGAUGCUCUGGCGUACCACAUCACUCUGGUGGAGCUGCUGGCAGCCUGCACCGAGGGCAAGAACGUUGAUACAGAGCUCAAGUGCAACUCACUUCUGCCGCUUGAUGAUAUUGUCAAAGUGGUCACGUACGAAGGCUGCAUUCCAGAGGUAAAAAUAUCAUACGUAAAUUUCGUGAAUCACUGCUAUGUGGACACUGAGGUGGAGAUGAAGGAGAUCUACACCAGCAAUCACAUUUGGAAACUCUUCGACAAUUUCCUUGUAGACAUGACUAGGGUGUCUAUCGGCUACACAGACAGGAAGCAUGCUGAUACAUGCCUCGAAAAAUACGUCACUGAUACCAUCAUGGCCAUCGUCAAGGGCUUCUUCGGCUCCCAGUUCUCUGUCAGCAACUCAAACCUGCAGGCCCAUCAAGCAACUUUCAUUAAGCUGCUGCAGUCUGCCUGCAGACUCUACAACUGCACCUGGCUCAACUCCCUGCAGAAGACGAACAUUGAGGGUUGCAUCAAAACCCUUGCUGAUGUCGCUAAGAGCCGGGCCAUCCCCGUUCCAGUGGACCUGGACGGUCAGGUCAAUACCCUGUCGCUAAAGACACACACUAUCAUGGUGCAGCGUGCAGUGAAAGACUGGAAGCUGUCAACCCGCGGCCGACCCCGUAAGGAGCCCUUUGGGGCCCAUGAUUACAGGAUCAUUGAGAAACUACAGGGAGUCGUUGUGUAUCUGGAGGAACGGUUUAGUCCACAGGUGCAGGCAGAGUUUUCUGUAUUAGUAGACGUGCUGCAAAGCCCAGAGAUGCUGUUUCCUGAGUCUGCUCGGCUCCGCAGUGAGGAUGGGGCCUUCAUGUCUAAACUCAUCAAACACACCAAGAAACUGAUGGAGAAAGAGGAGAAGCUGUGUAUUAAGAUCCUGCAGACCCUGCGAGAGAUGCUGGAUAGGAAAGAAAUAUUCAAGGAAAAGGGUAACUCACUGAGGAAAAGUCUCCUUACACACUACUUUGGCAACCAGCGGCCCCACGCCAAAGCCCUGGAGUACAGCAGCGGGAACAGUUCUUCCUCUGGAGGUGGUUCUCCAGGACAGGAUUCUGAUAAGCCAGGCACUAGUAUAACAGACAUCCAAUGUGCGCUGGACAACGUGGGGGCGUCCGAGCUCGUCAUCGACCUCAUCGUCAGCACUAAGAACGACCGUAUCUUUGAGGAGAGCAUUUUACUGGGCAUUGCACUCCUGAGAGGAGGAAAUACACAGAUUCAGAACUCUUUCUACAAUCAGCUGCACAAGCAGAAGAAGUCUGAGAAGUUCUUCAAGGUCUUCUAUGAUCAAAUGGAGCUGGCGCAGAAAGCGAUCCGCUCCAGUGUGUCAGUCAACAUGUUUGAGCUCAGCUGCAGGAAGAGAGAGGAGGAGGGCGAGGGCUCUGGAAUCAGACAUAAAAAAGUUCGAGACUCCUUGCACCUCAGAGAAGACAUUCGGGGUCAGCUUAAAGAUGCCUCCUCUGUCACCUCCAAAGCCUACAGCACCUUUCGCCUGGAAGUGUACCCCGAGAUGGAGUCGAUGGGAUCGGGAGGGGACGGGAUGGAGGAGGUGGUGGAGGAGACCCAGAUGAGUCAGGCCAUCACCAUCAUGAAACCCAUCCUACGCUUCCUUCAGCUGCUCUGUGAGAAUCAUAACAGGGACUUGCAGAACUUUCUGCGAGAUCAGAACAACAAAACCAAUUAUAACCUGGUGUGCGAGACGCUGCAGUUUCUCGACUGUAUCUGUGGCAGUACAACGGGAGGGCUGGGACUGCUGGGGCUCUACAUUAAUGAGAGGAAUGUGGACCUGGUCAAACAGACACUAGAGACCAUCACAGAGUACUGCCAGGGUCCUUGCCACGAAAACCAGACAUGCAUAGCCAGGCAUGAGUCAAACGGCAUUGACAUUAUCAUCGCUCUCAUUGUGAACCCAAUUGAUCCGCUGGGGAAGAACCGACUUGACCUUGUGCUCGAGCUGAAGAACAAUGCAUCUAAACUUCUUCUGGCCAUCAUGGAGAGUCGUCAUGACAGCGAGAAUGCAGAUAAGAUCCUGUACAAGAUGAGACCCAAUGAACUGGUUGACGUGAUCAAGGAGGCUUACGUUCAAGGAGAUGAGAGUGAGAUUGAUCACGAGACAUCAGAUCAGAUCAGACCUAAAGAUGUUGGGCACAACAUCUACAUCCUGGCCCAUCAGUUGGCACGCCACAGAAAAAAUCUUCAGCAGAGUUUGAAACCUGGCCCAGACCCUACCAUAGAAGGAGAGGCAACGCUUCUAUACUAUGCCAACCACACCGCUCAGAUAGAGAUCGUCCGCCAUGACCGCACAAUGGAGCAGAUCGUGUUUCCUGUGCCCAACAUCUGCGAGUACUUAACAGAAGAAUCAAAAGUGCGCGUGUUCACCACAACAGAGCGAGACGACCAGGGCAGCAAGGUCAACGACUUCUUCCAGCAGUUUGAUGACCUCUACAAUGAGAUGAGGUGGCAGAAGAAAAUAAGAAAUAAUACACCACUUUUCUGGGUGUCAAAACAUAUAUCUCUAUGGGGGAGUAUCUCCUUUAACAUGGCUGUGCUAAUCAACUUGGCUGUCGCUCUUUUCUACCCAUUUGGAGAUGAUGGAGAUGAAGGUGUCUUGCCACCGUUCUUGUCCAUCUUGCUUUGGGUGGCAGUGGUCGUGAGCACCUUCACGUUGUUUGUUCUUCCCCAGCGUGGAGGUAUCCUGGCGUUCCUGGUCACCGUCAUCUUCCGUUCUAUUUACACGCUGGGCUUAGGACCCACACUGCUGCUUCUGGGAGCCGCCAACCUGCUGAAUAAAAUCGUGUUCCUGGUUAGUUUUGUGGGGAACCAGGGCACGUUCACACGAGGGUACAAAGCAGUUAUCAUGGACGUCUUCUUCCUUCUGCAUGUCAGUUACGUCAUCGUUUGCAUGCUGGGUCUGUUCGUACAUGAGUUUUUCUACAGUAUCCUGUUGUUUGAUCUUGUGCGAAGAGAGGAAACGCUCCUAAACGUGAUGAGGAGCGUGACGAAGAACGGCCGCUCCAUCUUCCUCACAGCUGCUCUGGCUAUCAUCCUGGUCUACCUCUUCUCCAUUGUGGGCUUCCUUUUCUUUAAAGAUGACUUCCUCAUGCAAGUCGACCGCCUCCCUGCUUUAAAGAAGAUGAAUGUGAAGGAGUCUAUGAGCUGCCAGAGUGAGACCUGUUCUAACUCCCCUUUUAGUUCUAACCACGAAGAGGAUGAAGAUGGUACAGAGCGUGUGUGUGACACCCUGCUGAUGUGCAUCAUUACGGUUCUGAACCACGGGCUGAGGAAUGGAGGAGGAAUUGCAGAUGUUCUGCGCAAGCUCUCCAAAGAGGUGAACGGAAUAUCAUCAAUGCAGCACACUCAGACAUCCGUAGUGAAGAAUCCACCCAACAACCUGUGGAUCAUCGCUGCAGUGCUAGCACCCAUCGGUGUGGUGACCCUCAUCAUCAUCAUCAUCACCACGGUGCUGUGUCACAAAAACAAGAGCGAUUUCAAAAGCGAUCCCAUUGGAAACUUCAACCCUCGAGUCAAGACUGCUUACUGGAGAGACGUGGGUUAUUACCCUCAGGUAGUUAUUCAGCUCUUCAAUCAUCUCACCUGCUGCUAUGGACUCCUGAUUGUGGGCUCUUUCUUUGAAGAACCUUUCAUUUUUAUUAUCUGCUCAUCUUCAGGCCUUGAGAGAGACAAGUUUGAUAACAAGACUGUGUCGUUUGAGGAGCACAUCAAGUCAGAGCACAGCAUGUGGCACUAUUUGUACUUCCUGGUGUUGGUGAAGGUGAAGGACCCCACCGAGUACACGGGCCCCGAGAGCUAUGUGGCCCAAAUGAUUAAGGAGAAGAAUCUGGACUGGUUUCCACGGAUGCGGGCCAUGUCUUUGGUAAACUCGGAGGGAGAGAGCGAACAGAAUGAGAUCCGAUUGGUGCAGGAAAGGCUGGACACCACUGUCACUCUCAUGGCUCAGCUGACUUCCCAGCUGUCCGAGCUUAAAGAACAGAUGACAGAGCAAAGGAAGAAUAAACAGAGAUUGGGCUUCCUGGGACCAUCACAGAUGAACCAUCAGAUCCCCCCUGCACACUGAGGAUGCUCUUCACACACAGAUGCUGAUGUUCACACCAUGAACUACACUACACUCAUGGUGAUAUCACACUUUACAUCAUGACAGGACAGUUGUCCAGUUAGAUCCUACAGUCCUACAGACUUGAGCGUCAUUUUGUAAGUGUUUCCUCGUUUAGAUCUUAUAGACGGAGGACGUUUGGAAACAUACAGAGUGUGUUUGCUUGGAAAAUCAUGAACUCUACACAUAUGAGGGCUUACGCCAGAUGACUCAGACAGUCUUUGGACGGGCUGUCUGCCUUUUUUCUCUCCUUUUUUUUUUUUUUUAAGCGUCAAAUAUUAACUCCCUCACAUUUUAAUUACCCUGUCCAUAACUUGAGUAUUGCUGUAAUUCAAAGUGGACUUUAGUCUGUGUUGGAAUAACUGGAGAGAUAAAGUACCUCUAAACAAUUUAAUAAUUUUUUUAUAAUUCAAAUUCAGCAUUACUUUAAUGACUGGAAAACAUUCUCAUCUCAUAAUCAGACAAUCACGUGACCGUUGGAAUCUGUUUGCGUCACCUUCUACGAAGACCUAAACGCUAGUCUUAACUCUUAAAUGAUGAUCAUUUUUAUU